CAAUCACUUUGCAAAGAGCUCACGAUGGACACGCUGCUGGGUUGGGGGACGCUGAGCCGCGCCAACCCCGAUGCUGUACAGACACACGGCCAAGUUGACGCUGCACUGGCCAUCGCGUUGCUCUUCAGUGUAGUUGUGCUACCUCCACUCAUUGGAAUCCGCACCAUGUACACCAAUUGCUGGUUCGUAUUCACCUUGAUCGCGCAUCUGUUGGCAUCCGAGGCGGCGCUGGGUAUCGCCACGUCCAUGGGCAUCACUAUCAUGGUGGGUUGGUACUCUUUGCGCGUGUUUGACCGCUAUGCCUUCACGGCCAUCCUCAACGGCUGGCUCGGAGUCUGGGCCAGCUCUCCAUUACUCGGCUUCGCGGCGCGUGUCGGUGACAUCAUGCUACACCUACUUGUGCCAAUGCUACUGGUCUCAUGCUACCUCCCUCUCGUCCGCGUGUGGAUGAGCGUUCCAGCGUUAAUAUCAUCGCGACUGUGGAGCCACUUUGUCGUUGGCGGCGGAGUUUUCCCCAAGGCUGACCACAUCUAUCGCUUCUCGCCGCCGCGUUCGCAGCACUUUUGGAAUGCAGCGUAUAAGAUGGAGCUCAUGCUGAACCUACUUGUCCCGCUCUUCUGCGUGCUGGCACACCAGAGGUCGUUUUGGGUGUACGUCGCUACGGCGAUCGCGGGAGCAAUUCUGUUUUGUCUCCAGUUGAUCCGCUCACUAUCGCUGCCUAAAUUACGGAGGAAUGCUAAGACAAUCAUGUGCCGUUUGCUGUCCAGCGGUGGUAUUCGACCCAAUCUGGACUUUAUUGUCAGAGACGACUCGUUCUGGCUGGAUUGGAUGAGUGAAGGGCUUGUAGCAAUUGGUGAGUCCUACGUUGGCUGUCUAUGGGCGACCAACUCGUCUCGCACUCUGGACGACGUUGUCGCUAGCCUACUUACGAUCCCGAUGGAGGGCAGACAAGAGAUGUACCGAUCCUGGAGCGCUCGUUUUGUGGCACUGGCUGCGAGGUUGUUCAACUAUCCCCCGUCAUCUAUGGGGCUCGUUGUUGGCGCUGUAUCGGAACAGUUUGAUCUCUGUCCCGAAUUCCGACUGGCCUACAUGGACCGAUAUUUCCAUCAGGGCUUUGGUAUUUGGACAGCCGGGACAACAACCAUCGACGAUGCACAGACCAACAAGCUUGCCAAUUUGGAUCAGCAGCUGGACAUUCGGACUGGCCAUACCAUCUUGGACAUUAGCAUCGGGUCAUGGGGAGGGGUCGGCUGCUAUCUAGCUCAGCAGCAUCCUGAUGCCACCAUUGUCUCCGUGCUGUCGUCGGUUCAAGAAUUCGCACGCGCCAAGAAAUUCGCCCGCGAACUUGACGUCUUCGAUCAAAUGGAGUUUGUGCUCGCUGAGACGCCUGAAAAGCUGCUGACACUUUUGAGCGGCUUCCGCGCAUCGAAGUUUGACCGCAUCACGCUGUGUGGCGUAAUGGAGACUGUACCGGAUGUGCAACGCACUCGAUUCCUGCGAACGCUGAAGCGUAUCCAGACCGCGAACGGCACGACGCUACUGGAAUUCAGCGCCUGCACGGCCGCGCACAUGGCGACCCAUGCCUGGACCAACAAGUACGUGCACAGCUCAUAUCCUUGCUAUGCUAUUACUCUGCCGCUCAUGCGUCGACUAGCCGGUGAGACGGGCUUCACGCUUCGAGACACGCUCGGGUACUCGGAUCACUACGAACGCACAUUUCUCGAGUGGAACCGUCGAUUCCAAGCGCAAUGGGGCCAUGACGCAACAUCCAAUGCAGUUGGCCAAGCCACGACAAUGACCCAAACAACUCAGGUGCAAUACUUGCCGUCGCUUCCCGAGUCCUUUAAACGCACGUGGGAGUUCUACCUGUUGCACUCUGCUGCUUGCUACCGAUCCGGUGCACUUCAAGUGUUCCAGAUUAGAAUGAGUUAAUCCAAAUUCAAAAUUAGGCUUGAACAAAUCAAUCUCGACCACCAAAGC